AUGACCGCUCCUGCUGCAACGCCAACAACUGCGGAUGAGCUCCACGAGGACGAGCUUCAAGAAGAGGACCCCAAUGUCUCAACAAAGCCUUUUGUCGAGCAACGCGCUUUUGGACGUGGCCUCUGGAAGAAUCCAAUCAAGUUUGUGUCUUCAGCCCCAGAAGUUCAACCAACGACGACAUCCACAAACCGCAAGACUAUGGCGGAGAAGUACCUCGCGAUAAUGUUCCCGAAUGGCCAGCCACAGCCAGAACCCGACGCCUUCCCUCGAUGCGGCAUAUGUGGUGAGCCUGUCAAAGAGACGGACCAGCGAAUACACUACCUGAGCCCUGCACACCAAGCAGCACUACCACGAGCGCCCAUACCCUCCGCAAUUGAUCGAACGAGAAUGGGACUCAAGUAUAUGGAGAAGCACGGCUACGAUGUCGAUGCACGGCAAGGCUUGGGCACCAGUGGCCAGGGCAUGCUCUUUCCGCUGGUACCCAAGGAGAAGCGAGACAAGCUAGGCUUGGGAAUAGACAAGAAAGAGCACACCCAAAGAAAGGCAUUGGGUGGCGCAAGCCGCGCAGACGUCAGGGAAGGCAGGCUUGACGCUGGCAAGGUGAGGAAAUUGGCACAAGCCCAGAAGAAGAGAGACGACAAGCUGCAAAGGAUGUUCUACGGCAACGACGAGGUUGAGAAGUAUUUGGGACAGCUAGGCGGCUGA